AUGAAAGUGAAAAAGCCCCGUGGCAUUCGGCAUGACCGAGACUGUGGUCGCUGUAAAGUCCGAGGGAUCAAAUGUGACCUGAACCGACCCCGAUGUCAAGCCUGUCUCCAGUGUGGAGAAGCAUGCAAUUAUCCACAGCGAGUUGUAUGGGUAGAUGAUAAGAAGAAGCCGAAAUCGCCCAAAGGCACCUCACCACAGGUUCCCAAUGAAGAGACACCGAACGCUGGAGCUUUCAAGUCGGCAUCUAUCAAUCUAUACGGUUUCAUCGACCUCUUGGAUGCUUUUUGCCAACAAAUCCAAUCUAGCAGCCGCGACAUCCCAGAAGAAGGGAUUCAGCUGAUUUCACGCACCCUAAGCUUUGCCCGCUCGCGCAUCCAAGAUGCAAACAACAAAGAAUCCCUCCAGUCGCAUUUAGUGGCCUUGACAAACCUGAGCCAAGUCAUCCAGUCCGCACACCCAAUUGCGCUCUUCGGCAUCGCCACUUUCGCCAUGUUUGAAGUAUGCUGCGGAUCCUUUGGCAACUGGCAUUGCCAUCUCCAAGGCGCACGCUCCCUGCUAGAUCUCCACUGUCAACACAAGGCCGAUCUAGACGACGUCUGCGGCGAAAUAUCCGGUCUAGCUGAUGUUAUCGCCUAUCUAGUAUGGUUUGAUGUUACAGGUGCCCUUGUCAGGGGAAGUCAAUUAAUUUUCGAGGACUGGCAUCGCGAGACCUUAUCUGCUGGAUUCUUCGACUCAGUUGGAUGUCCAGCAGACACAUUCGAUCUAUUUGUUUAUCUUGCGAAACACGACAGCAAUGGGAUCCGCGCUAUGGAACUCAGUGCUCGAGCAUUAGCCCAGGUCCUGCAGCUUAAUGCGGGCGACUCAACAGACCGCAACCUUGCGACGACCGUGUAUAGAGGGGCCGCGGCAAUCAUGGCAUUCAGUCGCGCGGGAAUGGCUACGGGCGGCGAUCCCUCUGUAUCGACAUAUCAUUUGAACGUAGUCUCUUCCAUGGUAGAUCGAGCUUGCCAGGCUAUGGCGGAAAUCCCUUCUACGUCGAGAUUCUACGUGCAUCUAGCUACUCCCGCAUACCUGAUAGGGAUGAGCGCCUCGACAGCACGCCAGUGCGAAAUAAUCCGAGGCUACUGGCGCAACUGCCAGUCAUGCGAAUUCCCCCGUUAUCCGGACGCGGAGGCGCAGUGCGAGUGGAGGUGGAGGACAUGCGGGGUGGGGAAUCCCCCCAUGGCUACCUCGUACCAAGACCGUUGCGCCCGAAAGCGCGCUGACCAGCUUUCCCUCAUCCUCCCCGAAUGGCGCUUAGAUCCCGUUCCCUCCAUAGAAUCCGCUCCGGAUGCUCUGACAUAUCUGCGCCUCAUUCUCAGCCCAGAAGAACUAGCUCUCACAGAAGAGACUGAUAUCGCCGUCCUUCUCCGCAAGCUUUCAUCUGGAGAACUCUCAUCUCUAAAGCUGACUCGAGUCUUCGCCAAGCGCGCCGCCCUCGCCCACCAACUUACAACAUGCUGCACGGAGAUCUUCUUCCAAGAGGCCUUCACCGUCGCCCAGGAACUAGAUGGCUACCUCGCCAAGACAGGGAAGACUGUCGGCCCUCUACACGGAUUACCAGUAUCCAUCAAAGACCUAUUCUCCGUUGAAGGAGUAGAUACUUCAAUCGGCUGGGUCGGCCUCACCAACAACCCAGCAAAAGCAGACAAAUCCGUAGCGCGAACACUCCGCCGUCUCGGUGCCGUCCUCUACGUCAAAACCAAUCUGCCACAAUCAAUGAUGAUGUCCGACUCGUACAACCACGUCUUCGGGCAGUGCGUCAACCCCUUCAACCGCGAACUAAUUUCCGGUGGGAGUUCCGGCGGCGAGGGCUCACUUGUUGCGGCGCGCGGAAGCGUACUUGGUAUUGGCACGGAUCUGGGUGGUUCGAUUCGUAUUCCUGCUGCGCUUUGUGGGCUUUAUGGAUUGUCGCCUAGUCCGGGGAGACAUCCUUAUGAGAGGGGGAAUCCAGGGCAGGAUAUUGUGAGAUCUGUUGCUGGGCCUAUGGCCUGCAGUCUGUCGACUAUUGAGAGGUAUAUGGAAGUUUUGCCGGAAGCGAGGCCAUGGGAGGUUGAUCAACAUGUUGCGCCUGUUGCGUGGAGAAAGGAAUUGGCUUCUCCUGGUGUGAAGAGGUUGCGGAUUGGGUUUUUGGUUGAUGAUGGUGUUGUUAAGGUUCAGCCGCCGAUUGCGAGGGCUAUGCGUGAGGUUAUUGAUGCGCUGGAAACGGCGGGACAUGAAGGUACGAUAACUGACAAAACUCUGACCCAAUGGCUACUGUGGAUCGUUUACAAACAACUCUUAGUGUUUGAGUGGGAUGCCUCCUCGCAUAGUUAUGCAUAUGAGCUCUGGGCAAAGGCUAUCUUCUCUGAUGGCGGCGAGGGCUGUCGAAGACAAAUAGAAAAGACUGGCGAGCCACUUAUUGAGGGCAUGCUCGUUGGUAAACUCGAGGAUACUUUGACUACCAGUCAAACGCACCAACUAAAUGCGGACAAAUACAAUUUCGAAACGGCAUAUCUCGAGAAGUGGGUAUCCACCGAUAUCGACGCAUUGAUCAUGCCUAAUACUUCAUGGGUGGGAUAUAAACCGUGGACGUGGGUGAAGUCCAGUGCAUAUGUGGGCUACACGAGUAUCUGGAAUUUCCUUGGCUAUGCCGCGUUGGCAGUACCUGUGACGACUGCCUCGAGGACCAAGGACGUUCCGGAUGAAGAGUGGCUGGCCCAUGUUCCGAGGAAUGGUAGUGAUAGUUUUAAUAAGCAGCAGUACGAUAUCAACCUGGUGGAGGGUAUGCCUGUCGGGAUACAGGUGGUCGGGGGUCGGUUUGGCGAAGAGAAAUGUGUUGCCGUGGCCAAGGCGAUUGAACAGGCUAUGCGGGGGAAGAUCCCCUCGCGGGCAAGUCUUUGA